GGGAUCCUUAGAAAUAAGAUCCUUUCGGAUUCGCAAGAGGUACCGUAAAUCACAAUCUAGCUACCAGAACAGAGAGAUGAAGAGAUCCUCUACCACGGGUUUCCCCCAUUACACGCAAUCGAAUCAUAUUAUGACCCAUAAGAUGAAGAAUCGAGCUUUCGAUUUUACAGUACUGUCACUCUUGUUUCUGGGUUUCCUUUUCAUCUUCAUCUUCUCCAAUCCCUCCAGUCUCAAGACCCUCUUCUCCAGCUCUAAUCCCGAAUGCAAGUCCUCAACAACCAUGAUGAAAAUGAUUAUUCACCGAGAUGAACUCGAUGAGGUGUUAGCUGAAACAUCGAUGGAAAACAAGACUGUAAUUAUCGCUAUGGUAAACAAAGCCUAUGUGGAAGGGGACAAGUCGAUUCUUGAUCUAUUCUUGGAUAGUUUUUGGCUUGGCGAUGGUACUCAGGGGUUAAUAAAUCACCUUCUAAUUGUGGCCACGGAUGAAGUAUCUUACCAACGGUGUAAGUUUCUCCAGCGUCAUUGCUACAGGCUUAAAACAGAUGGUGUAGAUUUUGCUGGGGAGCAGUUAUACAUGACUAAAGAUUAUCUCGAAAUGAUGUGGAGGCGGACUCAGUUUCUUGGUGAUGUUCUCAAGCGUGGCUACAACUUCAUCUUCACAGACACCGAUAUAUUAUGGCUUAGGAAUCCAAUUUCCAUUUUGAGCUCAAACAAAACGAUAGACUUUCAAAUCGCAACCGAUUUUUUCAACGGGUCCAAUUCUGACCACCUCAACAAUGGUUUUUCAAUUGUCAGAUCGAACAAGAAGACAAUCUCAUUGUUUGAUUACUGGUAUGCGCAAAGAAAAGACUAUAGUGGUUGUACUGAGCAGUUCGUGUUGGUGACGCUCAUGAAAAAUGGUUUGUUUAAAGACUUAGGACUCACUUUUAAGUUCUUGGACACACUUUAUUUCAGUGGCUUUUGUGAAAAGAGCAAAGAUGUUGGGGUUGUGGUAACUGUUCAUGCUAAUUGCUGCCGUACUAUAAGUGCCAAGGUCGCUGAUCUAACAACUGUAAUUCACCAUUGGAAGAGGGCUAAGAAGUUAUCGGCCAACGAGACGUCAACAUUUCGAUGGCCAGAGCACGUAGCUUGUAUAGAUUCCUGGAAGAAUUACACAAAUCCUUGGUGAUGGAAAAUGGAUAAAUCAUUCUUACAGAUAAUUUACGGAUUGUAAAAGUGCAAAGAUGACGAAGAAUUUGUUAAUAUCGAGUUUUGCCAACUCUUAUUUCAUGCCAUAUAUAUGCUGUUGGAUUUAUUCCAAUUUGUGGACCAACAUAUUCAUUUAUGUUAAAAAGUUAUGGAUUAUUUCGACUAUCAAAUAUUAUGGAGUAUUUGUUUGGGACCCA